AUGAGCAGGGCCGCUCUCUUGUCUAUUCGAUACUUCCUCUUCGGUCUGCUUGUCGUCUCGGAUGCUGUUCUCUGCAGCGUCGGCGUGUGGAACCUCAGCCUAGCUCAGGCAGCCGGCUCGACUCCGCAAGUGGACGUCUAUGUGAUUAUCUUGGGCGCUCUUGGUCUCCUGGCGAUGCUUCCCCUGUUGUUCGUUGAUGCACUGUGGAAGUAUGCACUCACUGGACGUGUAUGGUUCGAGUGCGCUUGGGUCGGUUUACAGGGGGCGCUUCAUCUCGGUGCCGCUGCUGUUACCGCACUUUUGCCGAACGUUAUGUGUAAGGACAAUGUGAGAUCUGCAUUCGAUUCGUGUACCUCUACGAGAGUGCUUCAAGGAUUCUCAUGGCUUUGCACCUUAUUCUUAUUUCUAUAUCUUGCCAUACUCCUCAGCUCCGCACUCGUACACUACAAGUUCGACGAUACGAUAUGGCACGCGUCCGUGCGUCGGUAUGAUUGGUAUCGUCACGAGAAAAUACCCGCCUCGCCCACCAUCCCGCAGCUUCCUAAACUUCGAACCUCUCUUGUCGCCCCUCAACCACGUCGACCCGUCAUGCUCAGCACCCAAUCCGCCCUGGACGCGCGAUAUACGGUGGAGCACUUGAGCCCGAACGCCACGUCGGUAUUCAGCCAUGAGCGCCCGGUGCCACCUGUUCCUGCCGCCCCUCCAGCGCAGAGUGUCAUGCAGGAGACACGACAGCUUGAAGUAUCCAAUGAGUUGUCGAUGCCUUCGCUGUACCCAAAACAUCUCGCGUCCGCUUGGACUUUCCCUCAAUCCUCCUCCACCUCCCUCUCGCCUCCAAAACCAACCAUCUCCCGGUCACAACCGGGUCUCUCGUCUUCGUCGUUUUCCGUACCUCCUCACACAGAACUACAACCGACACUAUCACACCCACAAAACGAACCACCUCCACUCGGACAAUGGCCCCGGAAGGAUAUCAUGAAGCAGCCCGCGCUCCCACCGAAAACUCCACCAAAACGCACAACGCCACGCAAACCACCACCGUCUGCAUUCACGCUCGUACCUCAGACGCCUCCUUCGCCUACAUCUGUGCCUCCACCUGCAGCGUCUGCGUCUGCAUCUCUCUCACCUGCACUGGUGACGCCCCCCGUGCGGCGAUCCAUCGACUCUGACCGGUCUUUCGAUUCCGUGCAGAGUUCGCCGGGGACGAGAUUGGGCGUGAGGCCUUCGGGACCGAGGAGGAGGAGUUCUGAUCUGAGGAGACCUGCGCCGUUGGAUCUGUCGAGGUUGAGUAAUGGACGGACGUGA